AUGGAUGAAUUUCGGAUGGAAGCUUAUGACAGCUCAUCCACCUACAAGGAACGAGUGAAGGUUUACCAUGACCGGAUGAUCAGCCCAAGAGAACUCACGCUGGGGGAUGUAGUUUUGUUGCACAACUCGAGACUCUCUCUAUUCCCCGGCAAGUUGAAGUCUAAAUGGACCAGUCCGUACAUGAUCAAGAAGAUAUAUGAUAGCGGAACAGUGGAAUUGCUAGCUCCGGAGGGACAAUUAUUUCAAGCCAAUGGCCACCGUGUGAAGAAAUAUUACAGUUCGGACAAGAUAGUUGAGGAGGAGCUUGAUCUGGAGGAACCACCCAAGGAGUAA